AUGCAUGACAAAUCGCCCUAUCAAGUUUGGACUGGCAAAAAGCCGUUAAUGGCAAAUCUUAAAAAGUUCGGUUGCCAUGCGUAUGUCAACUUGUCAAAAGAAAAGCGAUCCGAGUUCGGCGCCAAACAUCGAAGUGGCCGCUUGCUGGUUAGUCGUGAUGCUCAGUUUAUGAAGAUCGUGUUUGACGGCGCAGAGCGCACUGAUCAACACGAGGUUGUUAUACAGGAUGAAGAAGAGCAAAUGUCGUCACAGUCUGAUGAGACGGAUAAUGAAGAUGACGAUGAUGCUGCGCUUAAAAAAGAUUUUGCAUCUGGCAGCAAACGUCACAACCGUUCAGAGUCUCUUGGAAAAGCUGUCGAAGUAUCUAGGCCGAAGCAAUCAAGACGUUUUCGAUCUUUUGAAGAAAGGUCAGCUGCAGCUCAAGACUUUGAAGCGGCCUACGUCAUGGACUCAGUGGGUGAAAUGUCGACAACGUUCAAGUCGGCCAUGGAAUUCAGCGACGUAGGCAAGUGA